UCCCAGUUAUGGUGCAGCACACCUUGAUGGAGAGCUCCUCCAGCAGCAAAGCUACACGUCCACUCACCAGCCUUCCACCUACACGACAACACACAUCUCAGCAGCUGCACGAACACUUGAGUCAAGCAGCAGUACUCCUGUAACCUCAAUCAUGAGCUUCCUGUCAGCCAUGGAGUCGAGAAAUCUUCAGGCUGGUCCUGUCAGUGCCUCAUUGCUUCCUCCUUUUAGACCUCAGUCAUGGCCUACUGGAACCAACUCCUCCACCACAGAGCUGUAUUUGACUGGUGCCCUGCCUUCCACAGCCACUUUCCCCUCUCCUGCUUCUCUGUCAUCCUUUCAGCACACUGGUGCCUACCCUUCCAGGAGUUAYGCCUCUUCUAACUCUUCCCUGACUUUCUCAGACCCCACCUUCACCACGUCCACCAAYGGCCUGUUCUCUCACCAUGACUCGCUGCUACAUCUCAAACCAAGCCAGGCUGUGCUUCCCGUUGCCCUGGCCUUCAGUCAUCUCUCUGGGCCGUCUGUGGGCUCAGCUCUCCCUGUCCAGUCUUCCACUUACCGCUCAGCCCAGGAGUCUGCCCCCCACCUCCUACAACCUCAAUAUAACCUUCUUCCCUCUACUCUACCUGCCUCUCAUGGUGCCCCACAGCCCUAUGGGACUACCAUUUUUUCGAACUCUAUUGAAAGAGCUCUGCAGCGUGAAUGUAGUGUGAUAAAGCACCACCAGAGGCCUUCAAGUAGCCAAAUAGCCUCAGAGGAGUUGCCCAGUUCGGAGCACUCCUUGCAGGGGUACUAUGGCACUGGCAGUGACACAGAUGUGUCCUACCAGGAGGAACCAUCCCAAAGCACCCCAGUACYUUGCAGUUCCCCCUCUAGAGCAGACUCCACCCAAGUAGUCAAUGGUUCUUUGCAAUCUAAAACUGAUUGUGCAACACAGUCUGAUUCUUCUGCUAUGUUGCUAAAAGGCAAAGACUGUUCUUCUAGUCUAGCUUCACACCCUGCUGAGAAUGAAGAGAGUCACACUCAGAACCUAAGAACAAGGUCUCCUGAGCAUUAUUCUUCCUCAGCUCAGAAGCACAACUCUGUAAUUGCCAGUCAGCAGUCAGUUCAGCUGUCUAACCUGAUGUCCAACACUUUGUCUCAAACCUAUAUCACACCACACACACAGUCCCAGACCUGCCAUUCCCCUGCAGAAAAACUUCCUCCCCUUUACUCUACACUGCCUUCUCUCUCAAGCCACUCUGACAAUGUGGCUCCCGUUAGCCAAGCCUUUGUUUACUCAUCCACUCCGGGGCUGAGCCAGGAGCAGGGAGUCCAGUAUGGAGCCGAGGUCCACAGCUUGUGUCAAGAGACUUUCUCCGAGAGCUACACUACUUCCCACUCUCAAGGUGCUUCAAAUUUAACUUUUACAUCUCAGUCACAAGAGCAAGAUUCUGUAACAUUAUCUCAAAGCUACAACACAGGACAACAGUCCCUCAAUUCUCUGUAUUCAUCUGAUUGUGUACAGAGCCUUCCAUCAAACUCUACUGUAGACUAUAGCCACAUGCAGGACUCAUUGGCUGGUAAAACACACCACAGUCUGUCCCAUCAGCAGACACAGAUCCAGAAUGUUUUGUCUGUAUCAUUACCUACCUUCUCCUCACCUGCUCAGUCUUUACAAAAUGCCAUUAGGUCCUCCGUACAGGACACAAAGCCAAUAUAYGCCAAACAGAAACUUGAAGAGCUCCAUUUGCAGGACAUUGAGGCKCUUAGACAAGUGUCAAUGAUUACUGUUGCUGAUAAUAGCGUUGCUUCUCAAAACAACAUCAUCUAUGUUGUUUCAAAAAUGGACGAUCACAAACCACAAAGUGUUAUUCGAAGUAAUUCUCGUUCUGAUGAACAGUUCAUGGGUCAYAGUCAUAUAGGUUCAGCACAGGUAAAGAAUGAACAGAUGGGUCCUGUGAGCCAGCAGCAGAUUUGUUUGAACAGUGGCAGUGGUCAUGAAGUUGAUAACACAAAAAGCGCAAACUCUUCUAUUGUUUCCUCACAUGGACCCCUUUGCUCAGAGCAGCUCAAGCAGCCCGCUGUUCAACUUAGAUCUCCUGAGUCAMAUCAACAAAACCAACAAACCAUCAGCCAGUCCCCGAGCCAAAUUCCAGCAGCCCACUCUCAGUUUAUCUCACUUCCCAAUUCUCAAGUUCUGCUUGAGCCCAACCAGAUGAUUUUGGUCCAGCAGCCUCUUGUCCACUCCAGUGAGAACACAACAAAGUUGRUAUCUUUGCAAGGUAUUCAACCAGCCUGUUUGGGUUCAGUUCAUGGGCAGUACCUUCAGAUAGAUCGAGACCUGCUGGGUUCCAGUGUCAAUGAAACCCAAACUCAACAGGCCACAAUCAUGUCUGAGCCGAACUCAGAAUGUUCCUCUAAACAUCACUACACCCAGGCAGCGGGUCAGCAGCCAAUCGACACCAAGAAUCAGUUUACUCUUAACUCCAUUUGCUUUCCCGACUCCAUGCUGCUGGCAGAUGACAGAAAUAUUCUGUCAAAUGUCGACGACAUCCUGGCUGCAACUGUGGCAGCCUGUGGUGUUGCACCACAAGAUUUUGUUAAAGCGGCAUCCUCCUCUGAGGCUGAAAUGGCAGGGAUCACAACUUCUGUUGAUUCCAAAGGGCACCUCCAGACUAUUGAUAUCAGACAAGUGUCACCUAGUUUCUCCUCAGGACAACAUCCAAUAAUAAAUAACACUAACAGUCACACCAUCAGCAUGACACUAAACCAGGUCCAGAUGGCUACAGACUGUCAGGGUCCACCUGUUCACCAUAACAGUACCACUAAUUUUGGCACAAAUGGAAAUGGAAGGAACCCUGAGAAUGACUACCACUCAGUAAGACAGGCCUUUGACCCUUCGGGUGUCCAAAACCGAAUCGAAGGGAGUACGAAAUGUACUGAAACACAAGACGUCCCAAUGAAAUGUCCUGUUGCUGAGGGCUCUCCAAAAAAGAAGGUACGUUCUAAAUCCUCGACAAAACCAGGAGCUUCCGAGGAUGAUGUAGGAGUGGCGAGAUCAGCCAAGCGCAGCGCGCAACCAAAGCGUCAAAACUCCAGGGGCAGUGACGUCAGCUCACCAUCUGCUCCACAGAGCACUUCUGACAGUUGUCCACAACAAGAGAGAAUCAGGCAGAAGAUCCGUGAAGUGGAAGAGAAACAACCAGAGGUCAAAACUGGCUUCAUUGGUUCCUUCCUAGAUUUUAUCAAAUCUGGCCCCAAACAGCAAAACUCUCAAAGUCCUGCAAGAGCGGUGAAUCGCCCAAGAAAACCCUCCACCUCGUCAAAGCAGUGCCCUUUGCCUGCUUUGCCCGCUUUGCCUCCCAAAGUGCAGACUCUGCCCGCACCUUUGCUUCCACAGGAGAGUCUAGGAGCGAGCUCUCAGCAGAAACGUCUGGAUGAAGAGCUGCAGAAGAACCUGGAGACUCUGCCRUCAUUCAGCUCAGACGAAGAGGAGAACACGGGGAAGAACCAGGCUCUGAGGAACAGCAUCAGCUCAGCUCUCUCAGCUCUGGAUGAAAACUCUGAUCGGAGAACAAGGACAGAAAACCAAAUYCACAGUUUGAUGAUUAAGCCGGACCGACCUCCCACCUCGGCUCCCACUGUCGUGCUGGUCUGCUUGCCGCAGGUAUCGACGCCUGCACCGACAGUAACCCCAGUCUCAGGCGUGACAACGUUUGUGACCAAAGAGGAGGUUAAAGUGGCCCCAUCAGGCAAGGUGGCCGUGCAGUUGAUGAGCGUGGCCAUGGAGGGCCUGACUGACGAGGAGCUGUCUGACAGCGGAGGAGAAGGAAUGUACCGAGAGAGAGACGAGUUUGUCGUCAGAAAGGAGGACAUUGAAGACUUGAAGGAGACGAUGAGGGCAGGCGUUGAGCCUCCUGCUAUUUGGAAAGUCCAGAAGGCUCUGCUGCAGAAAUUUGUGCCAGAACUGAGAGACGGAAGGAGGGUCUUUUUUGCCACUAACAGUUACCUAGGAUACUUUGGGAAUGCACAGAACAUGUACCAGAGAGUAUAUGUGAAAUUUUUGGACACUGUUAACAAAAGGGAGUAYGUGCGAGUCUGUAGUCGGAAGCCACGCUGCAAGCCGAUGAACUCGCUGAGUGGUGCUCAGGUGAAAACUCUGCUCGGSUUGACAGCUCUACCUUCCUCAGUCUUCCAGAACCAAAAGGCCCGACUCAAACAAGUAAAGCCCAGAGCGGAGCCACCGCCCAAGAAGAGGAGGAAGUGGAAGGAGGAGUUUUCACCCGCAGCCUCGAGGUCAUCACCAGAAGAAGAGUUAAACCCUUCGUUUGCUUCAAGGCCCCCGAACACACGAACCAUGAAGGAGACGUUCAGGAGCUUCGUGGAGCUGCUCGUCCGCGUCGCCUUAGAUGAAGGUGCACUGACGGCACUGGAGAAAGCAAAUGACGAGUUGCUGCUGCCACAUAUGAAAAGAGUAGAUGGGAUGAUCAUCGACAACAAGAAACGCUUGCUUAACAAACUGCACAUAGGCCAGGUCCUGAAGUCGGCCUUGGACGGUUUUCCAGAGAUCUCAGUGGUGACUGAGCUGAAGAAAGACAAGGAAACUCCGGCCUUUAAAGUACGCCUCAGCGGAAAAGCGUACAACAAGAAAACUAUGAAGCCCUACAAGAUGCAGAACAAAGUGCCUCAGGAGUACACAGUGGACCAGCAGAAAACUCAGUGGUUCUCUCUGUACCACUCUUUGCAUCAUUACAAAUACCACACAUACCUCAUGUGUAAGGACGAGAUUGCCUCUCUCCAGGGUCGGGCGGGAGACCUGGGCCAGCAGGAAACCGUGCAGAAGUGUCUGCAGGACGGAGCUUGGGUAGAGGGGCUCUUUGAUCGCUUUGGGGAGCUAAUCAGUCAAGUGCAGCAGGUCUGCAGAUGAUUUUAGCCAUGGGAAAUUCACUUUAAAACACAGAAGAACAAAAACAACAGACAGAAUGCUUGAAAAUCAUAAAAGGCCACACAAUGGAAUGAAAUGGAUAUUUUCUUCAAGCCACAAAGAGGAGGCUGUUACAAGCAGAAACUUGAUCAGCAGAGGAUGCAGACUUUGUUUUGGAAGACCUCCAUAAAAUGAGACUCCUAUUUGUAGUUUUAAAAGCCCACUUUUUAUGGGCCUUUUUUCUAGAUUUAUAUUGUUUUUUUUUUAUCAACCCUCUCUUUCCCCAUUAAAUGUCACAUUAUAACUCUAAACUUUAAUUAUGCACUAGAUAGAAAGCAAUCAGCAUAGGAACUAGAGCACAGCUAAUAAAAAGGAUCCUGAUUGCCUACUGUUUUAACAAGCCUUCCUCAGUCAAGUUGGCUUCCAUACAAAGGUGAUAUAUUGUACAAAAAAGUCUAUAUAUUAUAUAUAACUGUAGUUAUGUACUGUUUGCAAACAUUCAUUUUGUAAUAGAGUAUCAACAUAUGCAUAAUAAUGUACAGUUUGUAGAAAAAUGUGGGAACUACAGCAGUUGUAGUUUAAGGUUUGUGCAUCAGAAUUUCUGCACGUUACUCUUGUGAGAGAUCAAUACCUUGAAUUAUUUUAGGGUAGGAUGAAACAAAAGUCUUUAUAUUGCUUUUAACAAAGCCAACAUUUUAUUACAAAUUUAUAUUUUUUUGCAGACGUAACUAUCGUCCUCUGUCCACUGCAACUUUUUAAAGACGCGUUUUUCAUUGUGUUUUCGUGUUUCUUCACACAGCUGAUGGUCGGUCAGGUUUUGUGAUAUCAAAAAUAAUCAUUAAACAUGCAGUUUGUAAAUAAAAUGGCACAUGCAUUUGAUGUGUUCUGGUUAUG